CUCCCGCGAGAUCGAUCGUAGCCGUAACCACCGUUUUCAACUGCAUUCUCUCCGUAACCGGGUCGGGUUAGAUCCGUUUUCUUAAACCCAACCAAACACUGUACUAGGUUGUUGUUGUUGAUCCUUCUUUGUUCCGUUUAGACGAUCCAAAACUGAAUUCAUACAAUUACAAAACAUAUUUCCAAACAUAGCCAUUGUCGUUGUCAUUCGUUGUCGUUUAGCUGUAAUAAAAACAAUUUUCUAUGUUCCGUUUAAGGAAGUUGCUACAUUGAGUUUUUAAGCAACCAAAAAACAACAAUGUGUUUGUUUGGGAUUUAAAUUUAAUAUAGAAAAAGUUUAGAUCUAAGCCCCAAACUACCCAAACUCUGAUUCUGAGUUUGUGGUUUUCGCUUUUUUGAAACGCGCUUUUUUUUUUGCAUAAUGGGGGAAAAGAGGUCGAAAGGAGGAUGUUGUGGUUGGUUUAUUGCGCUUGUGAUUCUGGCUCUUGUUGUUGGCGCUGUUGUUUAUGCUAUUAAGAAGAAAACUGAUAACGAUUCUGAUAAACCAGCUCCGGUUCCGGGUCCUCCUGGUGCCAUUGAACAGAAAUAUGCUUCUGCUCUCAAAACGGCAAUGCAAUUCUUCGAUAUACAAAAAUCUGGCAAGUUAGAGAACAAUAAAAUAAGUUGGAGAGGGGAUUCGUCUCUUAAGGAUGGAAAAGAAGCAAAUAUAGAUCUUUCAAAAGGAAUGUAUGAUGCCGGGGAUCACAUGAAGUUUGGUUUUCCAAUGGCUUUUACUGCCUCGGUACUAUCAUGGGCGAUUUUGGAAUAUGGAGAUCAAAUGGAUGCGGUUGGACAAUUGGAACCAGCUCAAGAUUCGCUCAAGUGGAUCACUGAUUUUCUCGUCAAUGCUCACCCUUCCGAGAAUGUUCUGUAUAUUCAGGUCGGAGAUCCUGUUGCCGAUCACAAGUGUUGGGAUAGACCUGAGUCAAUGACCGAGGCCCGACCCCUCUUACAAGUGAACACAUCCUCUCCCGGAUCAGAUGUUGCAGCCGAAACUGCAGCAGCCAUGGCAUCGGCGUCUUUGGUCUUCAAAAAGACAGAUCCUACCUAUUCAAGCACUCUCCUCAAGCAUGCAAAACAGCUAUUUAGUUUUGCGGACAAUUACAAGGAGAUUUACAGCGUGAGUAUACCUGAAGUCGCAACAUAUUAUAACUCAACUGGAUUUGGUGAUGAGCUUUUAUGGGCAGCUACCUGGCUCUAUCACGCUACCGGCGAUGAUUCUUACCUUGAGUAUGUGACUGGCCAAACUGGAGACGAGUAUGCUGAAUUCGGAAGCCCAAGCUGGUUCAGUUGGGACAACAAGCUCGCCGGAACUCAGGUUUUGUUAUCUAGAAUAAGCUUCUUCAAAACAAAGGGUGUUUCAAGUUCAUAUGGUUCUGGCCUUCAAAAAUACCGGAAAUCUGCCGAGGCUGUAAUGUGCGGCCUUCUUCCAAAUUCUCCAACGGCCACAACGAGCAGAACCGAUAAUGGUUUGAUAUGGGUGAGCGAAUGGAACUCUUUGCAGCAGCCUGUUGCAUCGGCAUUCUUAGCUUCUGUUUACAGCGACUAUAUGCUUACAUCGCAAACUCCCAAAAUAAAUUGCGAUUCAGAUUCCUACACCCCAAGAGAUCUUCGAAACUUUGCCAGAUCUCAGGCUGAUUACGUGUUGGGCAAGAAUCCUCUGCAUAUGAGUUAUCUGGUGGGAUAUGGAGACAAAUUCCCGCAAUUCGUUCAUCACAGGGGCGCAUCAAUUCCGGCGAAUGCAAAAGUUGGUUGCAAAGACGGCUUCAAAUAUCUGGAUUCAUCUGAUCCAAAUCCCAAUGUAGCUACCGGAGCACUUGUUGGCGGACCUUUCUUAAAUGACACUUACAUCGACUCUCGGAACAAUUCUAUGCAAGCGGAACCAAGCACGUAUAACAGUGCUGUCAUAGUUGGUCUCUUGUCAAGUUUAGUCACCACGUCUUCUGCGGUUCAAUCGUUUACCUAAACAGUAUUCUAUGACGUCGAUUCCACUCGAAAGAAGUUCGCUCAAAUUUGAGUUUUAUGUAGCUUUAUUCAUUUCUUGGUCAUUACUUAUUGUAAGUGUAUUGAUCAUGAUAUUGUAACUACAUGGUUGAUUUUAUGAGUGUGUAGAACCGGUGUGUCUGGAUAGUUCGGUUGUUAAUGUAUAUGGGUGAAUUUUGUUUUAGAGUUGUUACCUCAACAGCUUUUGGAUGUUGUGCUUGUUUGUAGAAUAUAUUGUUUGAUUCUUGCUGUU